CGCGUUGCCUUGCCAUGUUCCUUGCCCAUGGAUCAUUCAUUUCCAUGGAUCCCGGGUCAUUGGUCCGUGUCCCACUUCCACCGUUUGGCCUCGAAUUCGGCGGCUGCACACCCGAUCUGGGUUGCCCUGCGUCGGCUGUCGGCGACGCGCUUCUGGAAUGUUACACGCACGCCCAAAACGCAGCUGAUCCCAAGAGUGCUGGAAGCUUAUGACGAGUUCUUAAUGCAGGUGAUGGAGAAGGGGUCAACUGCUGCCGUCAUUCAGGGGAAGAAAGUCUUCUCGUGGAUGCUCAGGUCUGCCUGGUUAUGCAUGGCUCCUCAAACGCUGCUGAUUCAUUCGCAGUGUGCUUGUCGCGACACCCCUGAGACCAACUCUAUCCUCUUCGACGCAUUUGAUGAGCUGCGCUUCGGGCAGCGGACGAGCUUUGGCAUUUUUCAAUGCGAUGCCUUGGAGCAGGCACCAAAGUACUCAGACUGGCGCAACUUAUUGGAUUGGAUUGUGGGGCCUGACGCCUUGCGUUGUCUACCCAUAGACAUCCUACAGCGCAGUGCUUGCGCACUUCGAGCUGCGCAACAGCAGCAGAUGAGCAAAGCGCGGGAACUGUUGGAAGAAGCUGUUCAACUCUUGGCCUUGGGCCUGGAUUGUUUCGACCACAGCCCCUGGACCUCGGCCGGAUCCUCACCGCAACGACCCUCGCUGACUGCAGCCGAGGUUCUACACAAUUGGCACCGCAGGCCGCAGGACACCACUGAAAGCUGGCAAUGGCAAACCUUGCCAUCCAAAGAUCCCGGCUUUGGAAGUUCGCUAUGCCGUGUGGAAAUUGGAACUGCUUGUAUUGAUGUUAGUACCGGUGAAAUUUCCGUCAAUGGGAUGGAGUCCAGUGCGUACCUGCAGCAGUGUGGGGAUAGCUAUUCCUCCUGGCGUCGCAUCCGCUUGACGCAGCAGCUGCCAGAGAGACGGGAGCAAAAGGCAUGGAUUCUACACUUGACGCCUUUGGCUGCGACCAACUUGUGGCAUUUGCUUCACAUUUUGCUCCCAGCUUUGGCACGGCAUGAUGGUCCAGAUCGACAGGUGAUCAUCGAUGGCUUGGAUGAUGAAUCCUUUGCGAAGGGAGCAGCUAUCCGCAACAGAUUGAGGAACAGUGUGGCAUGGCCCUUCCUCCAGAUCCUUGGGGAUUUGAUCAUCCUUGGUGCAGACGGUGUUGGUGUCCGAUGCUACGAUGACGUUUGGUGGGGCUACGAUGCCACGACGCUGUUCGGUCGCCACAAGGGACACUUGAGCCACAGUGACACGCACCGCGCAGUGCAGAAGAUGUUGGCCUACCUUGCUGGAGACACCCCAACUGAGAAGCAUUGGAGACCUCGAAUUCUUUUGAUCGAGCGACCACCGCCUGCCCCGAGGGCCGUGAUGAAUGGCGAAGCGCUGAAGACCCUGUUGGAGACGAGCUUUAGACCGCUCGCGCACUGGGCAGAUUUCGGGCAAGAGCCCUGGAGAUCCGACAUGCGCCAACAAUGGCAUUUGGCCUCUGCCAGUGACAUUCUGCUUGGCGCCUGCGGCGCGGGGUUGGCAUGGUCUGCCUUCAUGGCGGUUGGCAGCAUCCUGGUGGAGCUGUUGCCCUUUAUGCAGCUGCUGCAACAGCAGCUGUGCCGGGUAAGACCAGGUGAAACAGUGGCUUGGGACAAGACCCCUAUGUACGCGUAUGGUGGUCUCUCCCGCGUCACCCAGAUGCAUCACGUGUGCAUCAUUGGAUUGCCUGGGCCAAACCAAGAUGCCACACAACAGUCCCUGGGAAUGGAUCUAAACACCUGGGUGUCAUCCAACAUCUAUGUAGAUGUCGCCGCAGUGAAUCGGACCUUGCGGACUGCGCUGCAGAGGCCAUGAUGCGUGUCUUCACACAAUGAAGCCUUUGCACCAUGCUGGUGACAAUCGGGGCUGCGCCGCAUGAAGCUGGAUCCUGGAAACGCCGGAUGAAAAAUGGAUUAAAUCACAAGUAAACAAAAUGAGCAUCAUGAAAAAGGAUGAAAAAGGGUCAUACACAAAAAUACACAAACACAAACCUCCAAGGGACCAAAACAGGGGAAGAAAGUUGAUCCAAACGUCCGGUGCUCUGUCAGGUGGAAUCAGCACCUGCGUGCAGCUUACCUGCUUGGCCAUCCCGUCUUUCUCUUUUCCGCAGUUUGUGUUUUGAGUUCAUGGAGGUGUUAUAUAUUACACAUACUCUAUUCACAUGAGGGUCAAGCUAUGUCAUGCGAUGUAUUAUGUUAUAUGUGAAGUGAACUCAAACUGUAAUUAUGAUAUAUUAAAUUAAAAAGUGUCUUCUGCAUGCGUGCAUGCACGUAGGAUCAUAUAUGUGUGUAAUGCGAUCCAAUGACAUGCGAUGUGUUGUCAUGGUCAAGUAAUGCCAUGUAGUGUCACGGAACGUAAUGUAACGAAAUGCAACCCAAUGUGCUGCCAUAUCGCGGAAUGUAAUCUUCUGCAUGGUCUGGUUUGGGUUGAGCUGGCAUGGUAUCUGUGUGUAUCAACGUAAUUUCACAUUUGAGAAAAAAACUCCUGUGCUCUCCCUUGUUCCGACAAGUAAAAUGUGCUAAACCGUGAAAACAUGAGGUGUAAGGUACGGACAACAGCACCAGCAACAACACCGACACCACAUCAACGCGCUUUCACCAGGCUGCGAAUUGCGGCUUGUUCUGAUGGGCGAGACACCGGAAAACGUCCUGGAACAGUGGAUCCAUUUGAAUCUUGUCAGAAGGACCCAUAAGCUAGAUGAAAAUCAAAAG